AUGGAGUUUACUGAAGCUUAUAAGCAGGCGGGUCCUUGUGCUUUUUCUCCAAAUGCUCGGUUUCUUGCAGUUGCAGUCGAUUAUCGCCUCGUGAUUCGCGAUGUUCUCACAUUCAAGGUGGUGCAACUAUUUUCGUGCUUGGACAAAAUAACUUACAUUGAGUGGGCCCUUGAUUCAGAGUAUAUAUUGUGUGGUCUGUAUAAGAGACCUAUGAUACAAGCAUGGUCCUUGGCACAACCUGAAUGGACAUGCAAAAUAGAUGAAGGUUCUGCCGGAAUUUCCUAUGCAAGGUGGAGUCCUGAUAGUCGCCACAUACUCACCACAUCUGACUUUCAAUUGCGGUUAACAGUUUGGUCAUUGUUAAACACUGCAUGCAUACAUGUGCAAGGGCCGAAGCAUGGUUCGAAGGGAGUGUCAUUUACCAAAGAUGGCAAGUUUUCUGCAAUAUGUACUAGACGUGAUUGCAAGGACUAUGUCAAUCUGCUCUCUUGUCAUACAUGGGAAAUUAUGGGUGUUUUUGCAGUUGACACAUUGGAUUUGGCUGAUAUCCAAUGGUCACCUGAUGACAGUGCCAUAGUUAUCUGGGAUUCCCCUCUUGAAUAUAAGGUUCUGAUAUAUUCCCCAGACGGAAGGUGUCUAUCCAAGUAUCAAGCAUAUGAAUGUGGAUUGGGUGUAAAAAGUGUUUCAUGGUCACCGUGUAGCCAAUUUUUGGCAGUAGGAAGUUAUGACCAGAUGAUACGGGUUUUAAAUCACUUGACAUGGAAAGUAUUUGCAGAAUUUACGCACCUAUCGACUGUUCGUGGCCCAUGUGGUGCUGCUAUUUUCAAGGAAGUGGAUGAGCCAUUGCAACUUGAUAUGUCAGAAUUGUCACUGAACGAUGAUUUUGUUCAACGCAGUGCUGAUAGUGUUUCUGAAACACAAAUUCAAGUUAGGUAUGAUGUUAUGGAAGUGCCAAUUACUCUCCCCUCCCUGAAGCCUCCAGCAGAUAAACCAAAUCCUAAGCAAGGAAUAGGUCUUAUGUCUUGGAGCAGUGACAGUCAGUACAUUUGUACUCGUAAUGAUAAUAUGCCAACGGUUCUUUGGAUAUGGGAAGUACACCAUCUUGAGCUUGCGGCUAUCUUGAUUCAAAAGGAUCCCAUCCGAGCAGCAGUGUGGGACCCAAAGUAUCCACGUCUACUUCUAUGUACCGGAAGUAAUCAUUUAUACAUGUGGACGCCCUCAGGCGCUUACUGCAUAAACAUUCCGUUUCCACAGUUUUCUGUCAUCGAUCUGAAAUGGAAUCUAGACGGAAGUUGUCUUCUUCUCAAAGACAAGGAGCUGUUCUGUUGUGCUGCUUUGCCAAUGCUACAAGAAUCUAGUGAUUAUAGCUCGGAUGACUGA